UGAUGCGAAUGAGCGAGGCAAUAGCCUCAGAGGGCUCGGUGCAUAGCGGCCCUAUGUCAUUUUGAGUCGGGCGCUGGGGGAGUCCAGGGAGUGGUCUGGGAUGAAAUGGGUUCCAUCGCGGGGUUUUCUUGACAAUAGAUCUGAGCGAUGGGAUGUUCACGGUUUUGAGCUACAAAAUAGGGAAGCGUUUGAACUCCUGGCUGUUCGUGAAGGAGGCCGUGUGCCCAGAUUGUAUUUCAGCUGCCCUGGACUGAGAACAGUGGUUAUCAAGAAUGCCGCGAGGUCCGAAAUCAGCACAUUCUGAGAGCGUGAAAGUUGUUCUGCGAUGUCGGCCCCUGAACAAAAAGGAAGUCGCCAGUGGCUAUGACACAACGUUGGAGAUAGAUUCUAAAAGAGGUCACAUCACGCUUAAGAAUCCGAAGAACCCAAAUGAAUCUCCGAGGGAGUUCACCUUUGAUGCAGUCUACGACUGGAACUCGACCCAGGUUGACAUGUACGACGAGACGUUCCGCCCGCUGGUGGACUCGGUACUGCAGGGCUUCAACGGCACCAUAUUCGCCUACGGCCAGACGGGCACCGGCAAAACCUACACCAUGGAAGGCGUCCGUGACGACCCCGACCAGCGGGGCAUCAUCCCGCGCUCGUUCGACCACAUCUUCAGCCACAUCGAGCGUUCGGAGAACUGCCAGUACCUGGUUCGCGCCAGCUACCUCGAGAUCUACCAGGAGGAGAACCGAGACCUGCUGAACAAGGACCAGCACCAGCGACUGGAGCUGAAGGAGCGGCCCGACACGGGCACAUACGUCAAGGACCUCUCGUCGUUCGUCUGCAAGAGCGUCAAAGAGAUCGAGCACGUGAUGGCCGUGGGAAACGCGAACCGCAGCGUGGGGGCGACGAACAUGAACGAGCACAGCUCGCGCUCGCACGCCAUCUUCCUGGUAACGGUCGAGUGCAGCGAGCUGGGCCUGGACGGCGAGCCGCACAUCCGCGUCGGCAAGCUCAACAUGGUGGACCUGGCCGGCAGCGAGCGCCAGGCCAAGACCGGCGCCUCGGGCGAGCGGCUGAAGGAGGCCACCAAGAUCAACCUCAGCCUGUCGGCUCUCGGCAACAUCAUCUCGGCCCUGGUGGACGGCAAGUCCUCCCACAUUCCAUACCGCGACUCCAAGCUCACCAGGCUGUUUCAGGACUCGCUGGGCGGUAACGCCAAGACGGUGAUGGUGGCAAACAUCGGGCCGGCCUCGUACAACUACGACGAGACGCUGAGCACUCUGCGAUACGCCAACAGAGCCAAGAACAUCAAAAACAAGCCCAAGAUCAACGAGGACCCCAAGGACGCGCUGCUCAGGGAGUUCCAGGGCGAGAUCAUGAAACUCAAGGCACAACUUCGCGGCCGGACCGGCGGCGCGACGGGCGCGACCGAGACGCCCUGA